AUGCUAUCCCUAGACAUAUUUUCUAUCCUUACCUUGCUACUUAGUGCAAAAUUCGUUCCCACAGCUCUGUCUCAAUCGUAUGCACCAAACGCCCAAUUCAAAGGCAAAGACUUUCUCGGAGCAUUUAACUGGGAGACCUUUGACGACCCAACACAUGGGCGAGUCAACUUCGUAAACCAAGGGACCGCUCUGAACACAAAUCUAUCCUAUGCCGACGACGAUGUAUUUAUUAUGCGAGCGGAUUAUCACCAAAUAGUUCCAUCCUACGCCCGAGGUCGCGAUAGUGUUCGUAUCACGUCGCAUGAUGCAUGGGAUGAAUCGCUUCUGAUCCUCGACCUUGCCCAUAUGCCUGAAGGAUGUGCAACAUGGCCUGCCUACUGGACAGCUAGCAAAAAUGGCCCAUGGCCGCACGGCGGAGAGGUUGAUAUCAUAGAAGGGGUAAACUUGAAUAGCAACAACCUUGCUUCCCUUCACACCACUCCAAAUUGUACCAUGCCACAAGCACGAAACCAUACUGGACAAGUAAUAUCCUCAAAUUGCGAUGCGGCAGUGAACUAUAACCAGGGUUGCGGCGUCGCUUCAACCACUCCCAACUCGUACGGAUCAGGAUUCAACAACAACGGUGGAGGGUGGAUCGUUACCUGGAGGUCUUCCAAUGCAAUCUCCCACUGGUUUUGGCCUAGGAAUGCGCCUAACGUUCCGAAUGAGAUUCGUCAAAGUGAAAGUGACUGCGAUCCUAUCACUCCAGGGGACAAUUGGGGUACACCAGACUCAACUUUUGUCUGGUCGCAGUGUGACUACAAUCCUCAUUUUGAUCCACAUCAAAUAAUAUUCGACCUAACUCUAUGUGGUGACUGGGCAGGAAAUGCGUUUCCUACCGCAGGAUGUGGGCCAGGGACUUGCCAAGAUCUUGUCAACAACCAUCCGGAGGCCUUCCAAAAUGCCUUCUGGGAAAUUAAUUCGCUAAGAAUCUACACUCCUCAGUCAUGA